AUGGCGACCUCCGCCGUCUCCUAUGACCCUUUGUCAGAUUCUAUCCCUCUCGUAUCCGAGUUCGCUUCUACCGAAAAUAUCACUGGAUUUAACGCUGUCCAGCGUGACGAAACCUCCUUUGCUGGCUCGCUUCCUGCUAAUCAGGGUUUGUAUGCCAACGAGAACGAGAAAGACUCGUGUGGUGUGGGUUUCAUUUGCCAUGUCAAGGGUGAUCCUAGCCAUAAAAUCGUGUCCGACGCUCGACAACUUCUGUGUGCCAUGACCCACAGAGGCGCUACGGGUGCAGACAGCCGUGAUGGAGAUGGUGCUGGUGUCAUGACAGCAAUUCCUCACGAUUUUUUCAAGAGGGAAGCUGAGAGAGAUAUUCGUUGCGUUCUUCCCGAACCAGGCGAGUAUGCCUCUGGGAAUGUCUUUUUCAAAACAGGCGAUCCACUCCAGCUACAAAGCUUUCAAGCCGUCUUCACCAAGAUUGCUAUUGAUUUAGGCUUGCGUGUCCUUGGUUGGAGGGAAGUGCCUACUGAUGGAUCUAUUCUCGGUCCGGCCGCACGCAGCAAAGAACCCAUUAUCCUUCAACCAUUCGUCGUACUUCGAGCACAUUAUGGUGAUGGAAAUGUCAGUCAGGGGGCCACUUUCGAUGCGAAGCAUUUUGAACGUCAACUUUACGUUCUUCGCAAGCACGCAACACAUAGCAUUACGCUUGCGAAAGGUUUCUAUGUAUGUUCUCUGUCUUCCAAGAACAUUGUAUAUAAGGGACAACUCUCCCCUCCGCAAGUGUACAACUAUUAUCAUGAUCUUAAUCAUGUGUUGUACCGUUCCCAUUUUACAUUGGUCCACUCGAGGUUUUCAACCAACACUUUCCCGAGCUGGGAUCGUGCACAACCGUUAAGAUGGGCUGCCCACAAUGGUGAAAUUAACACUGUUCGUGGAAAUAAAAAUUGGAUGCGUGCCCGUGAGGGCGUACUUUCCUCGCAACACUUUGGUGAUCAACUCGACCUUCUUUAUCCCAUCAUCGAAACCGGAGGAUCCGACUCCGCUGCCUUUGACAACGUCCUGGAGCUGUUGGUUGUAAACGGAGUCGUUACCCUACCGGAAGCCGUGAUGAUGAUGAUUCCCGAAGCAUGGCAGGGAAACGAACACAUGGAGCCUGGAAAGAGGGCUUUCUACAACUGGGCGGCUUGUCUUCAAGAGCCCUGGGACGGUCCAGCCCUCUUCACAUUCAGUGAUGGGCGCUACUGCGGGGCCAACCUUGAUCGAAAUGGGCUUCGUCCCUGUCGAUUCGUUGUCACGAAUGAAGACAUUAUAGUUUGUGCCUCUGAAGUUGGCGCUCUCUACAUCUCUCCCGAAAAGGUUGUGCAAAAGGGCCGCUUGAAACCAGGUCGCAUGCUCCUCGUUGACACUCUCGAGGGGAGAAUUGUAGAUGACAAGGAACUCAAGCGGAACACAGCAUCAAAGCAGAAUUUUGCCUCGUGGGUCGAGGCCCAUAUCCUUCAUGUCCCGAACAUCAUCAAGCGUGUAAAACGGAGUCAUAUACCCCUGGAACCUGUUCUCGAUGAUACAUCCCUCAGCACUGACCCAAAGCUUCUUGCUUUCGGUUUCACAGUUGAACAACUGAACCUUCUUAUGCUCCCCAUGGUCUUGGAUGGGAAGGAAGCCUUAGGCUCUAUGGGUAACGAUGCGCCGCUCGCCGCCAUGGCCACACAACCUCGAAUUAUCUAUGAUUAUUUCCGACAACUUUUUGCACAAGUUACCAACCCUCCAAUCGACCCAAUCCGAGAAAGCGUUGUGAUGUCUUUGGAAGCAUAUGUUGGUCCGGAAGGGAAUUUGCUUGAAAUGAAGCCCGAGCAAUGUCACAGAAUACUUCUGCCUUCUCCGCUCAUCUCCAUCGAGGAGAUAAAUGCCAUGAAGAACCUCAAAAUCGCAUACAACACCUGGCCAUCACGUACCAUCGACAUCACCUUCCCCAAAGAAGAGGGUUUACCAGGCUAUAGACUUGCAUUGGAGCGUGUCUGUAGCGAAGCCGCUCAGGCUAUAGAUGAUGGUAUCAAAGUUAUUAUCUUAAGUGAUCGCGCCACAGGUCCGACUCGUGUUCCUUUAUCGGCGCUCAUCGCUUGCGGCGGCGUCCAUCAUCAUUUGACCUCCCAAAAGAAAAGAGCGAAGGUAGCACUCAUGGUAGAAACUGGGGAGGCUCGUGAAGUUCACCAUCUUUGCGUUCUUGUUGGUUAUGGCGCAGACGCCGUAUGUCCUUGGCUAGUGAUGGAGACCAUCCAUAAAGUAGGACGGGAGGGACUUGUCAAGAAUGGCAAAUCUGUUGACGAGCUUUUGCACAAUUAUCGCCAUUCCGUUGACAAUGGUAUUCUCAAGGUUAUGUCAAAAAUGGGCAUAUCCACCUUGCAGUCGUACAAAGGCGCACAAAUUUUUGAAAUCCUAGGCUUGCAUAGCGAGGUUGUAGAGCCUUGCUUCAUUGGGACUGCAAGUCGCGUGCAAGGAGCAACCUUUGAUCUACUGGCUAUGGAUGCAUUCGAAUUGCACGAGCGUGGUUGGCCAAGUCGCGAGACAUUGCUUCCUCCCGGUAUGCCCGAAUCGGGCGAGUAUCACUGGCGUGAUGGUGGAGAAGCCCACAUCAAUGAUCCUGCCGGUAUUGCCAGUCUUCAGGACGCAGUAAGGGAGAAAAAUCAGACUGCCUAUGAUGCAUACGCCCGCAAUGCUAACGAACAAGCUCAAAGUAUCCAUCUUCGCGGUUUAUUGGAUUUCCGUUACGACAGUGCUACUGCUAUUCCUAUCGAGCAGGUUGAACCUUGGAAUGAAAUUGUCCGUCGUUUUGUCACUGGAGCAAUGUCAUACGGUUCCAUAUCCAUGGAGUCUCACUCGACCCUAGCAGUGGCGAUGAACAGGCUAGGUGGUAAGUCCAACACAGGUGAAGGAGGAGAAGAUGCAGAGCGGUCAAUGAUUCUUAGUAACGGGGACACCAUGCGCUCUGCCAUCAAACAGGUUGCAUCCGGCCGGUUCGGAGUCACGUCGAACUACCUCGCCGACGCGGAUGAGCUUCAGAUAAAAAUGGCUCAAGGCGCGAAGCCCGGCGAAGGUGGCGAGUUGCCUGGCCACAAAGUCUCAGCAUCCAUCGCGCGGACACGCCACUCAACAGCUGGCGUGGGACUCAUAUCUCCUCCUCCUCACCACGACAUUUACUCUAUUGAGGAUUUGAAGCAACUCAUUUAUGAUUUAAAAUGUUCGAACCCUCGUGCGCGUGUUUCUGUCAAGCUUGUCUCUGAGGUUGGGGUUGGGAUUGUUGCGAGUGGUGUUGCAAAGGCAAAGGCAGACCACAUCCUUAUUGCUGGCCAUGAUGGGGGUACUGGUGCGUCUCGUUGGACUGGCAUCAAGUACGCCGGGCUUCCCUGGGAACUUGGUCUUGCUGAAACCCAUCAAACACUGGUACUGAACGAUCUACGUGGGCGUGUCACCGUCCAGACUGACGGUCAGAUCCGGACUGGGCGCGACAUUGCCAUUGCUUGCUUGUUGGGUGCUGAGGAAUGGGGUUUCGCGACUACACCACUCAUUGCGAUGGGUUGCAUCAUGAUGCGGAAAUGUCAUUUAAACACUUGCCCUGUCGGGAUCGCAACACAAGAUCCUCAACUUCGCGCCAAAUUUGCAGGUCAACCUGAGCAAGUUAUCAAUUUCUUUUACUAUCUCGCUGAAGAACUUCGUGGCUACAUGGCAAAGCUUGGAUUCCGCACAAUCAAUGAGAUGGUCGGCCGCGUGGAUGUGCUCAAGGUCAAUGAGAAGCUUCGGACACCGAAAACCGCACAUCUCGACCUGUCUGCAAUCUUGAAACCUGCCUGGCAGAUGCGUCCGGGCGCGGCUACUUACCGUGUAAGGCAACAAGACCACAAGCUUUACAUUCGCCUUGACAAUAAAUUCAUUGACGAAUCCGAACCUGCUCUCACCAAGGGCCUUCCUGUUCAUAUUGAGUGUGAGGUCACCAAUACCGAUCGUGCGCUUGGAACGUCCUUGUCUUAUCGCGUCUCGAAGUCUUAUGGUGAAGAGGGCCUUCCUAAAGACACCAUUCAUAUCCGUAUGAGAGGUUCAGCUGGCCAGUCGUGUGGUGCCUUCCUUGCACCAGGGAUCACGAUUGAGCUUGAAGGUGAUGCUAAUGAUUACGUCGGGAAAGGACUCUCAGGAGGUCGGCUUAUUGUGUAUCCACCAAAACAAUCCACCUUCAAAGCGGAGGAGAACAUUAUCAUUGGCAAUGUAUGUCUCUAUGGAGCUACGUCUGGGGAAGCUUUCAUUCGUGGCAUAGCUGCGGAGCGUUUCGCAGUGCGAAAUUCAGGUGCAAACGCUGUAAUUGAAGGGACUGGAGAUCAUGGCUGCGAGUACAUGACAGGUGGUCGCGUCGUCAUCCUUGGUGUCACUGGCCGUAACUUCGCCGCAGGCAUGAGCGGAGGCAUCGCUUAUGUGCUCGAUACAGCUCAUACGUUUGCCUCCAAAGUUAACAUGGAGAUGGUCGAACUUGGAAAAGUUACUGAUCCUCGCGAAAUUGCCGCUUUACGUAGUCUCAUUGAAGAUCAUCGCCACUACACCGGUUCUGAAGUUGCUGACCGCGUUCUUCAUGAUUUCCAUCACCUUCUUCCUCUCUUUGUACGAGUCAUGCCUCUCGACUAUAAGCGUGUGCUUGAGGAGCAGGCUGUCCGCGAAAAAGAGGAUAAGAUACGGCAGAGCGAUAUAUUGCUUCCCAAAACACCCCCUACUUCCACACUUAAAUCAAAACACGAACCUUCAGUGGUCGACUUGGAAGAUUCCAUGGUUGAUGAUUCUACCACGAAGCAGCGCCUUAAUAAAUUGGACAAGACCAGAGGGUUCAUGAAGUAUAAACGUCUGAAUGAAGCCUAUCGUCCUCCUCGGAAACGCGUCAAGGACUGGAGAGAAAUCUCUACCCGCCUCACUGAGAGUGAACUCAAGUACCAAUCGGCUCGCUGCAUGGAUUGUGGAGUUCCUUUCUGCCAAUCCGAUACUGGUUGCCCAAUUUCUAACAUCAUUCCGAAAUGGAAUGAUUUGGUUUUCAAGGGACAGUGGCAAGAUGCUCUCAAUCGGCUUCUGAUGACAAACAACUUCCCCGAGUUUACUGGCCGAGUCUGCCCAGCACCUUGUGAAGGAGCAUGCGUCUUAGGCAUUAACGAACAGCCCGUUGGAAUAAAAAGUAUUGAGUGCGCCAUCAUUGAUAAGGGUUUUGAAAUGGGAUGGAUGGCUCCCAAUCCACCAACGUUCCGUACUGGGAAGAGAGUAGCUAUCAUUGGGGGUGGUCCAGCAGGUCUGGCUUGUGCCGAUCAGUUGAACAAAGCAGGUCACUCCGUUACAGUCUAUGACCGCAAUGAUCGUAUGGGUGGUCUUUUGAUGUAUGGCAUUCCUAACAUGAAACUUGAUAAGGCUAUCGUUCAGCGACGCCUUGAUCUCAUGGCUGCAGAAGGCAUUACCUUUGUUCCCAAUGCUCAUGUUGGAGUUGAUGUUGACGUGGACGAACUUCGAUCGGAAUGCGAUGCGGUGGUCGUAUGCACGGGAGCAACCUGGCCGCGUGACUUGAAGAUCCCUAAUCGAGACGCCGAUGGUAUCCACUUUGCUAUGGAAUUCUUGCAGCUCAACACGAAAUCUCUUUUGGACUCCGAGCUUCAAGAUGGAGGCUACAUUAAUGCAAAGGGCAAAGAUGUGAUUGUCAUUGGUGGCGGCGAUACUGGCAACGAUUGUAUUGGCACUGCGAUGAGGCAUGGGGCUCGGUCUGUGACAAAUUUCGAAUUAUUGCCAAAGCCCCCUGUCGCAAGAGGUCGCGAUAAUCCAUGGCCGCAAUGGCCUAGAAUUUUCCGCACUGACUAUGGCCACACCGAAGUGGCAGCUCAUUUUGGAAAUGAUCCAAGGGAGUAUUCCAUCUCAACCAAAGACUUCGUCCUCGACGAGGGGGGCAAGCUGAAAGGACUAAACACGGUUCGGGUUGAGUGGACCAAGGAUAGUGGUGGGCGCUGGAAAAUGGAGGAAGUCCCAGGAUCCGAGAAAUUCUUCCCAGCUCAGCUGGUAUUCCUCGCUCUCGGCUUCUUGGGGCCACAGAGUGAAGCUCCCAAGGCGCUCGGUAUCAGGCAAGAUGCAAGGUCGAACGUGCAAACCCCGCACAAGAAAUAUGCAACCAACGUAGAGGGCAUUUUUGCUGCGGGUGAUUGUCGCCGCGGACAAUCCUUGAUUGUUUGGGGUAUCAACGAGGGCCGUGGAGCUGCAGCUGAGGUCGACAGCUGGCUCAGUGGUGGAGAGUCGAGACUGCCUUCUUCUGGAGGGAUUAAAACUCGCGCAUUCGCUCCCCCCCCUAGCCAGAUUUAUCAAGAAUUGCGGAUAUGAAGGUUGAACUCGCGCGUACUAUCUACCACUUAUACAAUAUAUGCCUGCAAUGUCAUUCUUUUGUCGAUAUC